AUGUUUUCCUUUCCCCGAUGGCUAAUUGCGUUUGGUUCGCAAAAUGUUAAACAUAUACCUACCGUAACUGCCCGAAUUUUAUGCCCUAUAUUAACUCACCCCCGUGCUUCGUUUGCGAAAUUACCAACGGUUCACACAUCAAGUACGUCGUGUUUGUCACCUAUCGAAUUCGAACGCCAGAGCCAGCACACUCUCGAAUAUCUCUCUUCGGCAUUCGAGGACCUCUCUGACCAAUUUGACUUUGGUUCCGAGUUUGACGUUUCCUAUGCUGACGGAGUUUUGACUGUCACUUUCGGACCCCCGCACGGAACAUAUGUAUUAAAUAAGCAGACCCCAAAUAAGCAAAUUUGGUUGUCUUCUCCGAAAAGUGGUCCCAAACGGUACGAUUUCGAUCCUUCUACGAGGUCAUGGAUCUAUCUACAUACCCGUGGCGACUUAUUCGAGUUACUUUCCGAGGAGGUGUCGGCCAUUGCAAAAUCAUCCGUCAUGUUUAGAAACCCUUUGAUGGAGCCAUAG